CGCGCAUACAAAACGCGAUUAUUUAUUGUUCGAAGUGCUAAGUGUGUGCAAAGGCAGCAGAAAUAGUGCGUAUUGUUGAAAGAUGUCUAUGAGCGAAGUAUACAAGGGCGCGGCUCGAGACUUUGCGUCUCUGCCCAUGUUUCCUCUUUUUGAGACUGUGCACUACGUCAUGACUGCAAUGGCAAUACGAGAAGAGAAAGGUUCUUUGGAGUUUGCUAGGAAGCAUCCAUUGGCAUCACUUGUUGCCUUUGUGUUGUGUUGUUGUGGAGGAUCUCUGGCUGUUGAUCUUCUUCUUGGACUUCCGUUGGCUACUCCGUUACUUAAGGGAAAGGCUCUUGCAGUGAUGGUUGUUGUAUGGUAUUUAAUAUUUCACUCACCUGGUGAUAUUUGCUACAAGUUUCUUCAUUGGCAACCAGCAUACAUCGUCUUGACGAUCUUCAAGGAAUGUCGGAGAGCUCACAGUGUCAGACUUGGAAUGAAGAUAGCAAAGGAAGUGUACAAAGACAGACGACUUGUUCACAUAAUGGCUGGCAUGUUGAAAGCAAGCGGAACAAGGUGGGCAAAAACGGUCGAACAACUCAUCCGAGGAGCUCCAACAGCAUGGCAACACGAACUCGUCAAACCUUCACCCAUUUUCAAGGCUUCUCUACUUGUCAGUAUAGUCUACUGCAUGCAAGAUCAGAAACUUAUUCUAAUACCACAACAGGAACUGAUGCUGGCCGCAGCAACUUUCUUUGUGUUGCUUCGCACGUCGACAAUCGUCCUUCACAUGCAGGAUCCGUUCAAUUACAUUGAGAAAGCAGUCAAACUUGUUUUGUUUAGAAAACUGGAGGGUGAUGAUAGAGAAGGUGGUGAAGAUGGUGAUGACAGGGAUGAGAGUGAGAAGAAGGAACAAUAGGGAUAUAUAUGUAGAUUGAAUGGGUUUAGUGUCCAUAGAAGAAUCUGUUGAGUAGAUUGAUAUGUCUAUGUGGCAAAUCCAGAAUGAAUGCAGAGGUAGUUUAGUAAAAUUGUGCUACAUUG